AUGUGUUCAAGUUGGAUUGUAAACAGUUUCUGUGUUAUAGUUGGACUUGUGAUAUCGUUAAAACUCUGUUCGUCCGUUGCCUAUGUUGACGAUGACGAUUGCUUAUCGAGGGGACGAAACUGCACCUGGUGUCUGAACGAUGGAAACUGCGGAUUUUGCGACAAAUGCGGUGAUCAUUGCCACAAACCUGGGGCGAUCCAUUCUUUAGAGAACUGUACAAACUGUGCUUCGUGUAUUCCUGGCAAUCUUGCGGGUUCAAAGAAAGGUUACGAUUGCAGAGCAGAAUGGUAAGCUUAUUAAUUCACGAUGGAAAGCUAUUAAUUCACGAUCACAUCACAGUAAACACUUUCUCGCUUCGACAACCACGCUAGUCUUGUGUUCCACAGCGGACAUGACAAUUUAUGUCAGCCUCAUACUCAAAUUUUUGCAAUUAGCCAUGUUUGGAGUUCUUUAGAACAUUGUUAUCAGGAAAUGAAAGUAAUGAUGCUAUCAUCCUGUAUGGCCGUCUGUUAGUACAAUAAUGGCGUUAUUUCACCUCACACGACUUCGAUAAAUAGAUUGGUGUACACGAUGUAAAAAUUUUUCCUGUAAGGUUCUCGAUUUUAACGCUGUUUACUUUUCAGGCAGUUAUAAAGUUCAGUGAACUGAAUGACCGGUUUUAAGUUAAAAUCCUCUUCAACUCACGUGGUUACUUUUAGUUCAUUUGAGCCUGAUCUUUUUAGUGCUAUUCAUCAAUUUUUUCGCGUCAUUUUCUCCAUAAAAUAUUGCUGAUUUCUUCUAUUACCCUUUUUCAAUUUUUUUUGUUGUAUGAAGCACUUGCAUGCAAUAAAAUGUUACUUGGAAUAUGAUAUCUUCUUUACAUGGAAUUAAAGGUUAUUGAAGAAGCUUUGCCGUUUGGAAUGGACAAAAAUGAAAGCUGAGCUGCAGGUUUUACUGAAAAGGUUUUACUGAAUAUCUUUGAAAUUGGUUUGAAAUAUUUGCAUGGCGUUAUGAAACACUUGACAUACCUCAGAAUUAAAUUUUUUGAAAUGCACCCUCGGACAAAAUUUAGAUUUUGUCCUACGAAGAUCCCAAAGGGAAACCUCAUCUAAAUUUCACAAAACGUACCCUUUCUUGUCACAUGAUCUUUGCUUAAGUUUUGAAUUAAAUCAAAUGUUUUAAGGUUUUUUGGUGUGUAAGAUGUUAAGUGUAUCUACUAUAAAAUCUGUUUACAUAUCUUUACAUUAUCUCGUCAGGUAUUAUUAUGAGAAAUGCCCAGAGGUUGUUAGUGAGCAGAAGACUGUGUAUGUUGAGAUUGCUCUUUAUCUUAUAAAUCUCCAUUCUGUGGAUUUAAAGGCUGGAACCUUUCAUGCUGAUUUCUAUCUGUACUUCAAAGGUGUGGACUACAUUCAGAUUUUUUUGUUUCAAUGACAUCCUCUCAGGUGCAUUAAAAGAUUCCCACACACAAGAGUUAGCUCAAACUCUAGGUGAAAUCUGUAUGCCUGUUAUGUCACUGACAGAUGAUGCUAUCAAGAAACAAAUAGCUGUUUAAUUAUUGUACCUUCUCAUGCUAUAUCAGGAGUUUAAAAUCACAAAAUAUGAUUAUAGUGAUAUGCAGAUGAUAAUCAAAACAGAAACAACAAUAUAUAAAUUUGUACUUAUAAUGAUAAAGAUUUUUAAUCAAGGAAGAGAGAAUGUUAACAAAAACAGUAAGAAUGAUUAUUAUGAUGGCAAUGAUAGUAUAUAAUUUUCUGAUCCUCAGGCCAGUACCUGUUUGCUCUGGCUCCUGCCUCUGCCCCUAGUUGACACUUCAACCCUUUGAUCCUAAAGGGUGACUAGCAUCUAAUUUCUCCUAAAAAAAUUACCCCUGAAUCACACAUGAAGUUGGUGAGAAUAAGGGAAAUGAUCUCCAGCUAAAUAAGCUCUUGACUGUUGAACAAAUUCUCCUUGUUAGCACCACAGGAAAAGUAUAGAGGACAGUGUGGAGAAAAUGCAUACUGAUGUAUGGGUAUAUAAAGGGUUAAAGUAUGAGCAAAAAUGAGAUUUUUAACUGAGUUACUAAAUAGAAGUGGAAUAGAAGGCUGGCCAUUCAUUAGGCAACACUGGACUUUCUGAACAUUAGAAUAUUGCUAUAAAUAAGAAAUAUGUAUGAAAUAAGUCAGGAACAUUUUCUUUUGUAUAUAAUACAGUACCUGAAGGACAGACAAUGUAUACAAAACAGAAAUGUAAAGAUGGUCUUAGAGGAGCUUGCUUUGAGCUUGUAAAUGCUGCUGGCCAAGCAGAGGUCAGUAGAACCAUCAGUAUCUGUUUAUAACUAAUCCCUUAGAGAGGGAGAUAUUCCAUGAUGUUACCUCUAAACUGAAUUAGAUCAAUUAUGACAUUUAUGAUGCCACAGGUAACUGCAAAAUUUCGAACUAGUUUUGCUCACUUUUCCUCAGAAAAAAAAAUCAAUACCUCUUAACAUUUGAGUCUGAGGUCCAAGCUGCAAGUUACAAAGUUUAACUUUGUUUUCUUCUUCUUGGAUUUAUGGCCCAACUAAGUGUGAAGUAGGUGGGUCAUAAAUCUAAGUGAAAUACAAAGGAGAUGGGUAAAAUGAGGUGAAUGGGCAAAUGGGAGGAUGUGUAAAACAAGGUGUUAUAUAAAAUGGUAAAUUUUUCCCACUCAUAAUGAAAUUAAAAAAAACAAAAACAAAAAACAAAAAAUGUUCCAACAUACACAUAAAAUCUUUGCAGGUCUCCAGCCAUGAAGGAAAGUAUUUCAGGGUGAAAUCAGCUUUUAACUUUGCAGCAGAUCUUCAGGACUAUCCGUAAGUGUGGUGAAUUUACUAAUUGACAAUUUGUGCUUACAACAAUUGUCCCAUUACUUUGUAAUGAAAGAUCUUGAAUUUGUUUUGUUUUUUUCUUGUACAGCUAUGACAAUCAAACACUGAAAAUUGUAAUACAAGAUAUGGAAAUGACUGCAAAGGAGCUUAGAUGGAAAGUUAUGCAGGUACAGAAUUUAAAAAAUCUUAAGUGUGCUAUUAAUCUUUUAGCCCCUAUAUCACCCCUGAAUCAAGCACGAAAGUCAUGAAAAUAGAGGAGAUGAUCACCAACUAAAGCAGCUCUUGAUUGUGAAACAAAUUCUCCCUGUCAGCCUCUUUGGAAAUGUAUGGGGAACAGUUUGGAGAAUAUGCAUAUUGAUGUUAGGGUGUAAAGGGUUUACUAAUUUCCAAUAUGAUAGGCAUGUAGCUACCUAUUUUUGAUUAGUUUUCCAAUCUCCAUUUCAUCCAACUUGUUCAAGUGAAUGUAAUACUUUGACCUGUAGACAGCAGGCCAAAUUAUUACUUACAGCACUUUAUUUGAUUACGAUCAGAUUCCUUUAUGAAGAUGAAGAACCCUUUCAAUUCCCAAAGUGACUUCAUAGUUCAUUUGUUGGUGGCUCACCCAACUAAAUAAUGGGAGGGUUCCAGCCCUCUGAGGCCAGGGAUUUUCAGGUUAUUUUUUUGUUGGCAAUGUUUUUCAAUAAAAGCACUCACAGGGCUAUACUGGUCACAUGGGGUGAAGACACUUGGUUGAUUUCUCUUUAAAUUUCAUUGGUUAUCAAAAAUCAACCUAAGUUUGCUUCCUUUUUAAAAUGCAUUUGUAGGGAUCAGAUGACAGUGAUUUCAAAUUCCGGGGUGGAGUUUCACCAACACUUAACUAUACUGGCUGGUUAUUUGAUACCAACUCUUGGUCACAGAUGGUUUAUGAAAGGUAUGUUACCAGUAUAUCAGUGUCAUCAUAAAUAAUUUGGGAUUUUGCAGUGAUUUUGCUUCUCCAAUCUAUUUGAUUGGUCUCGAAAACAUGUGCCAACUUCUCAACCAACCAAAUGCUAAAAUUUUAAUAAACUGGGACUUGGUUCUAGUCAGUGACUGGUUUUAUAUCUUAUUUGUUGCAAGGGUGACACCAGAUGUCUGAUCCAAUCACAAUGCAUAAUAAACCCAAAACAAUACCCUAGAUUAGCGAACUUUUUGAAGAGCCAAUAAGAACUCAAAGUAAAAACAAGACAACCACAUAAAGUGCAAGAAAAAGCUGGCAACCAGGUUGUGAUUGGUGUUAGUUUUUAGAAUGUGUGGCGCAAGUUUUCUGGACCAAUCACUGAGCAAAGUAGAGGAAAACCAAUGCAUUCCUGCAUUACUUUCAACACUUAACCCUUUAACUCCCAGAUCAAAUUUGUAAUUCUCCUUACUCUCAACCAUACAAUUAUUAUAACGUUAGUUCUAAGAAUUUGGUAUUGGAUCAACUACUUAUCCCCAAAUUGAUCUUUUCCUUUAUUCUCAUCACUUAUCUGGUUGAUAUUGUAUAGAUAUUGUAAGGAGAAAUUCUGUCUUGGUCACUCCUGGGAGUUAGGGUUAAUUGAAAAUUGCUCUACUUUCAAUACCCAACUAAAAGUAACUCUCCUAGAUAUAUUAUUGAUACUGGUGAUUGAGAUGAGUUUUGUUUUAAAACAUUUUUCAGGUACAACCCGUUUUUGGACCAAGGAGUGUCUCGCUAUGAAUUUUUAUUUCAUAUGAGAAGACACAAGCGUGCAGCGUUUUUCAAGAUAUUUUUACCUCCUCUUUUUAUAGUUCUUGUAGUAAGUAUAUGAAUACCGAGAAAAGUUACUUGAAAAUAUAAAUAAAAGUGUAGUGGAGUUAUGUAAUUGUCACAUCCAUCUCGUCUCACGAUAUUUUAUUGCACUGGUGCGUGCGUGCGUGGAGAGAAAGCGAAGGAAAAGCAGUGUUUACAAGUGUUUACAAGUUCUCGCUGCCUUUUUCAACCCAUUUUAUUUUGCAUCCUGUGAGCUGAGCUAUGCAUAACCCGUCAUGUAGAGCUAAAUGCAUUUUAGUACGUUCUUUUGGUGCGACAACCUUACCUACAACAUUUUUAUCAUACUUUCGCCGUACCAGAGUCGCACGUGCACUGCAGGUGGACAGAGUCUGAGAUAUGAUGCUGUCAAUUAGCCCCCUUCAAUUCUCAGCGACCAAGUAGAAUGCACUUACAGUUAAAAUACUGUCACCACUGGUCUCUCUCUUGACUUGGCAAAGUUAUUUCCGAUUGCGAGGCGAGAGCUACUGUUUUAGAAUUGUUAAGGCGUUAGUUAAAACUACCACUGAGUGAACGUGACAUAUAAAGUGUAUUUUUUUCCUCUCCUCCUCAGGUCUGUUUUUCAUUUUCUAUUCCACCAAAUGACGCCUCAAUGCGAUUGUGGAUCGAUGGGUAAGUGUAUUUAAUACAUGUGUUUCUGAGACUAACCACAUGUCGAUUUAGUUUUUAAGUGAGCAGGCCACAAAGAUGAACUACUGCCUUACGUAGAGGAUUUUUGAUGAAAAGCAAAAAAGACCACGGUCUAUUCUGCUGGCGAAAUUCAGCAAGUAAUAAACGUUUAUCUUCUGAAAAAAAAAAGAUUUAAAUCGAUCUGGAAGAGAGUUUUGCUCUCUAUUUGUUUGUUUGUUUGUUUGUUUGUUUUUUUCUCGAACAACCACUGUUCCUUUUGAGAGAAGAUUCUGCGGUGUGCGCUAGACCAAACAAGUAAAAAUAUCACCAUUUAAAAGUGUUUGCGCUAAAGUUUCUUAGUUUAGCGGCUGUCUUGAAAACAACUUUUUAUCCAAAAUAUGUUUCUUUAUUUCUUUCUUUUCCUUCUUUAUUCACAGUUCACUUUUGGUGUCUGCUGUUAUGUUUCAUGCCACUGUCAGUGAACAAACACCUGAUACACCGGUAACUUGGCAUUUGGAAAUACUAAGAAUUCUACUACAGAAAUAAUUGCAAUUUCGUCCCUUGUUCUGGUGCGUUCUUCUAUGAAUUACCCAUAUGUAAUUUUUGUUUUGUUUCAUUGGCAGGAGUUAACUUUGGCUGAUCGCUUUAUGGUCGGAGUCUAUGGCUUUAUUUUCGCUUCAUUCAUUGUUACAAUAGUGAUGUUAAGACUUCAACGAGAAAACUACUACUACUAUGCUGAUACAUUCUAUAGCUACACAGAAUGGCUGGUAAGAAUUACUGUCGUUUGCCUGAUUGGAGGGAUGAAACUUUUUCUAUAUUCUAUAUUUAUUAGGUGGUCUAAUAGCAAUGGAGAAAGCCGAUAUCUUAUCACGUUGGUUUUUGUCACGAUGUUCCAUAGCAAGUCUUAUAGCCUACCUUUGACCUAAGCCUACAGUCGUCUUCGGAUUUGACCCGGGUCAAGAUCGGAUGUGACUUGCUCUCGAAGUUGAUCCGGAACUUACUUUUGACUCCGAUGCAAGUUAACUCAGAUUUUACAUGAGUUCUAGUAAAAGUCUCCCUUGGAUUAUGUAAACAUGUUUUUCGUCUUGUCACGAACGUAAGAAAAAGAAAAUAAAUAGGAGUCUUCUUGAGGAAUCGAACCUUCCAAUGCUCCUUCUCUAUCUUGGAGUUAACCUUGGUUUGGAUUCGACAUGAACUCAGGUUUGACUCGGGUUUGACUCGGGCCCGAAUGUAACUCCAAUACGGGUUUUACGCAAAGUCGAGUGUGAUAUGGACUCUAAAUCGGAUUUAACUAGUAUGAUCGGACUUCGCUACUGGAAUUGAGCUUUAUUCGUUCGGUGUAAAGAACGAAGGAAAAGUACCAAGCCAUUUGACACAAUUCCCGACUAAUCUGAAUCUGUUUUUGUUGAUUUUUAUGAGCUGAUUGUUCUUUAUUGCAGGUGUGGUUUACAGCGCCGACGUUCUUCUUCUUUCUCUAUUACGUGAAUUCAUCGCUUGAAAAUGUACUGCUUUAUGAAGUCCUUGUCGCUGUUUUGUCUCUGAUACUCAACAGAUUUGUCUCGUGUCUCAAGUAAGAGUCUCGUCAGUACUUUUGGAGUGGGGUUAAACAGGGGUGGGUCAGAAAUAUUAUAUUGAGCGAGGGGAGGGUUCAGAAUUCCUUCUUGAUCAACUCCUCCACCCCAGUAAAUCGCAUUUGUACGCACAUGCACAAAUAAAAUCACCCAGUUGGUUAGUAAUAUGCGAUCUUGUCGUUGCUAUCUUUGCGGUCAUACAGGUAGCAAAAACCCUUUGUUUGUGAUUAACAUGGCUCCAAUGAUACGUGAACAUGUUUUUGCUUUUGUAGAUCCCGUUUGUUCAGGUUACUGAAGUUUGACACAUCAUCAGGAACGAAUUGCCAAUCUCCGCUGGAAGAGAGUGUUAACCAGCGAGGCGGUGGAUAUUUCAGACUAACACAAGACGAAGUAAGAGAGAAACGUUGAUUAAGAUAUAUUCCAAACAUCAAGCUGAGUAAAAUAUGAAAAAAAUUUGCCGCACGCAGUUAUCGCAGAUCUAAUCGAGGCCUGUUCAUUUUUCCUUGUCAUUCUACAGGAGUCAGAGCUGCAAUCACAUGCAGCAGUGUGCAAGCCUUGCUUUCCUGGUAACCGUGACAACACAUGUGAGGAGCCCUGCCCAAAACAGCAACCCACACCCAAUAAGAAAGCUUGAUACAGAGUUCCAAACAUGAAAGGAUUCAGCACAAAUAUCGUCCUUGGAGCCGUGACCAAUUUGUUUUAUUUUGUUGUUAGUUUUAUCGGCAAAUCAGAUUCUUAAUCUCGCAGCCAGACCUACCCUCUGGGAACGAAGGAUUAUCUUUUACUAUAUCAAGAUCAUAACAUUCCCGCGGUGAACUUUUGUCCACUGGAUUGACUGAAUUGUGCUGGUGAGAAGUCACACCGCCCCUUGGAUUUGAAGGAUUUGAGGACAUAUUUUAUUCUCACAAAGCACGAGAACCUACGUAGAUUUACCAGAUCUAGCCUGAGCUUAGAUUAUCUUUUUCUUCCUGUUACACAAUGGUUUUACAUUUUUAUGAAUAGCUGAACCUUACCUUACCUCUGCUCCCAUGUAUUAGCCAAUACCUGAUGUCAUUGCACAAGAUCGGACAGGAAAAUUUGAGUGACAUGAGAUUUCAAAUAACUCAAGAAAAAUAAGUGUUUAUAAGCUUCAUUCAUUCAAUUAAGAAUUGCACUUGUGAUAUUUUGUUUUAAUCAGAUAAAAAACGUAAGUUUACACUUUUCCACUUUUCUCCAAUCUCAGCUUCUUACUUAACACAAGCAGACAACACGUAAUAUGUACAAGUCACUAUGCUAAUAUAGACG